AUGGUUCAAGUAUUCUUUGCUAAAGUCAAAAGUGUUCUUUCCGCCGAUACGCUUGUUUUAACUUCGGCCACUGGUACCCAGGAACGUAUACUAUCUUUGGCGUACUUACAAUCUCCAAGAUUACAGUCCAAUGAAAAAUACGCAUUUGAAGCAAGAGAGCUUUUGAGAACUCUGCUUGUCGGAAAACAAGUCAAGUUUUGGGUACUUUAUAAAAAUGCUUCAAAUAGAGAGUUUGGGGAUGUUUCUACUCCUAUAUUCCAGUCAUUAAUUGAUUUUGUUUUGUCUAAGGGUGCCGCAAAGCUAAGGGACAAUAUCAAUUCAUUCGAUGAUGAAGAUGUCGACCAUUUUAGAAAGGUUCAGAAAGAAGCUGAAGCUGCUAAAUUGGGGAUUUGGGAUCCGAAUUAUAAAAGAAUUGAAUUAGAAGAAAGGCCUAAUGCAUCACUUGUAGGCGCAGACGCUAAGGAAAUUCCUUCGAUUGUUGAAAAAGUUCUUAGUGGUGACAGAUUGCUAGUGAGACUAUUGUUGUCCUCUAGACAGCAUUGUGUUAUUCCAGUCCUUAUCGCAGGUGUGAAAACACCAAGAAGCUCCAGCAGUACUGAACCUGCAGCGGAGUAUGGUGAUGAGGCAAAAUCUUAUGUGGAAUCUAGGCUUUUAUCAAGAUCUAUCAACGUCCAACUUCUUGGUGAAUCAUUGUCAGGGGCAUUCGUUGCUAAAGUCAUUCAUCCAAACGGUAACAUUGCAGAUAAACUUCUGGAGGAGGGCUUUGCUGAAGUUGUCGACUGGCAAUCUUCUCUAAUUGGAGUUAAGGAGAUGACUGCAUUUCGUAAGGAAGAGAAAGAAGCUCGUAAUUUGGGGAAACACAUUUGGAAGAAGCAGGCUUCUGCAUUUGACAAGUCUGAUACAGAUGGUUCAGAUGUCAAAAUUGGUAAAAGAAUUGAUGCUGUCGUUGCCAGAAUAAUCUCUUCCGAUACGGUAGUUUUAAGAUUGAAGGAUGCCAAAGAGAUUACCGUUCAGCUAAUUUCUUUGAGAGCACCGAGAAUGUCUGACCCAUUAGCUGCACCUUUUGCUCAAGCGGCUAAAGAAUACGUCAGACAAAAACUUAUAGGCAAACACGUUGAUGCUACUGUCGAGUCUAUCAGAGAAGGAAACGAGCAAUUUGAGGAAAGACCGUUGGUCACUAUCAGAACUUCAGCUGGACAAAAUAUCAAUGAAGAUAUUGUUUCCAGUGGUUAUGCAAGUGUUAUUAGACACAGAAGAGGCGAAAUAAAGCCCGAUUACUGGGACGGUUUGAUUGAGACUGAAACAAUGGCCGUCAAAGGUAAAAGAGGUAUUCAUGGGAAAGUUCCACCAUCUGAAAAUCUUGUUGAUGCCUCUGAAACAGCACUAAGAGCCAAACCUUACUUGUUCUCGUUUCAGAGUCGAAAUAAAAUUACAGGUAUUGUCGACCACGUCUUCUCAGGCACAAGAUUCAGAAUCAACCUUCCUAAAGAAGGCAUCAAACUCAUUUUGGUUUUAGGGGGGUUAGCUAACGCUCCAAAUAAAAAUGACGAUAUCUCAAAGAAGUCACUUGAACUUGCUAGUAAGAAAUUUUACCAAAGAGAUGUGACGGUUGAAAUUUACGGUGUUGACAAGGUCGGUGGAUUCAUUGGGAACAUAUUUUUGCCCAGUUCCACGACACCAUUUCAAGCAAAUCUUUUGAGAGAAGGUUUAGCUGAAACCCAUGAAAGAUCUCUUUUUGAUAACAAAUACGGCUCUCAAUUAAAAGCUGCAGAAGAUGAAGCCAAAGAGAAGAAAGUUGGAAUCUGGGAAAACUACGAUCCGGCCACAGAAGCAUCGUCCCCGGAGAAGUUAGCAGAGCAACUGAAAAGCCUUAGGAUUGAGAAACAAUACCUUGAUGCCGAGGUUUGUGAAAUUCUCGAUAACGGCCUGAUUGCAUUGCAUAUUCUUAAUGCAGAAAAGGAGAAACUUAAGUCGUUCAUGCAAAAAUUACACUCUGUCUCCGCUAGCUUCCCACAUGUUUCAUCGCCUAAGCGUAAUGAGGUGGUUGCAGCAAAGUUGAAGGACAAUGGAAAAUUAUACAGAGCUAAGUUGCUUGAAGUGAGAAAAGCAGAGAAAACUGUUAAAGUUCAGCACUUGGAUUACGGAACAAUCGAAGUCAUACCACUGUCUGAUAUUCGUGUUUUACCAGCUGAAUUUUCUGUCUCUAACUACAGACCGCAAGCACAUAUUGCUCAGUUAUCGUUAGUAAACAUGCCUCCAGCAAACCAAGAGGAUUACUACAAAGAGGCUAUCUACUUCUUAGAAGACACUUUGCUAGAUUCUCAAGUUGUUGCCUGUGUUACCUUCAACAACCCGAUUUCGGGCGUUGAGUAUGAUGUCGAGCUCUAUCAACCUGAAGUCAUCUCCAAAAACCCCUCGCAGUCUGUUAACAAAGAAAUGGUUUCUCAAGGUUGGGGUUUGGUCAAAAAGAAGAAUUUGGCUCCAUUUGAAUUGCUGUUGAGCAAAGAGCGUGAUGAAUUGCUUGCUUUGGAAGAACAGGCAAAGUCACUUCACGUAGGUUGCUGGCAAUUUGGUGAUGUUGAAGGCGAUGAGGAAUUAUGA